AUGCAGGGCCUGUCUACGAUGCUCUCGCCGUUGAAGGAUCAGCAAACCAGGAACGAAGAAGUCGCCAUUCAAGCCGAGAGGCAGCGAAAAGUUCUCGAGCGACAGAGGCUGCUAGCGAAACUGAAGGAAACCUACGUGAAAACACACCUCCGGAACAUGAAAUCUGUGGACGGGCUUAUGCAUAUAAGAGAAGGAACGCUCGGGAAGCUGAUGAAGAACAAGCACGAGGAUUUGGACAAGCUCGCGAAAGCCUACAUUGCCAAACUCGAGCAAGUCAUCAAAAAUGAGGAACGAUUGCAAAAUUUCGUCUGGACGGCGCCUGACUGGGCCAAACUGCCAGAGCAGGGAAAAUGGAGUCUUCAACUGAGUGAUGACAGGGUUCUGCUCGGAAACUUCGAGCUUGGCGUUCCCAGCAACGGUACUUACUUCACGUUUGGGCGCGGCGGCGCAUGCGACUUCGUGAUCCCGGACCCGACUGUCUCGUUUCUGCACGGCGUGCUGUAUUUUGGGAGAGACUCGGAGAACGACAAGGAUGUCUGGCACUAUACAGAUCUAGGGUCUUCAUUCGGUUCAAAAGUGAACGGCAACCUCGUACUGGAAUAUGAAGACGUCAACUUGUCGAUCGGUGGCCUAGUCGAGUUUGGUGGUGCACACGGACCGAAGAAGGGCUACCGUCUGCAGGGGCCGAUCGAUUCGAAAGGCCAGGACGGGGUGAUCCCCCAACACUUGUCAAAAGGGAAAGCUGGCAAGACAAAGAAGAGCUCGAAACCAUGCCUCACGGACCUACCAAUGAAGCAAAGCCGUAUUAGUUGCCCGACGAUCGGUGACCAAAAUUCCGUUGGUGCUGAGGUCGCGGAGAUCACGGAGACCGUCAAGGACAUCAAGAAUGAUGCCGCCGAGGCCCCG